AUGUUAAGUGAUGGUGAUAUUUUGGCUCUUUUGGGAGAUGGUGAUGUGUCUGAUAUAGGUAGUGAAGUUGACGAAUUGGAAGAUGAUAAUUGUUUUCCAAUUGAUGAGUUUGACCAAUUGUUAAAUGAUUUUGACGAUUUAUCCUCGGACAUUUUGCCCGAUAUAGAGGAGGUUGAACCUGAUUUCAUAAAUACAAAUAAACGUGAUAUUCAUUGGGUACAAAAACCAUUCGAGCCACCUACUAUUAAUUUAGAAGAUAUAGAAAGUGAGUAUAUUGAUACACUUAAAACUCCCAUACAAUAUUUUUCUGAAUAUUUUGGGGACGAUAUUUUUGUUAAAAUAGCAUUUAAUACUAAUUUGUACGCAACUCAAAAAAAUUUGGGCUCAAAGUUCAAACUCACCGACGAACACGAGAUAAAAACGCUAAUUGGUAUACACAUGCUAAUGGGAUGCCUGAAAUAUUCCCGUGUACGCAUGUAUUGGCAAAAAAGAUUUUUUGUACAUUUGAUAGCUGAUAAUAUGAGCCGAAAUCGAUUUUUUAACUUAAGAACUAAUUUUCACGUAAUUGAUAACAAUGAUAUACCACCAUGUAAUAAGGAUAAGUUUAUAAAAGUUCGGCCUCUGUGUGAUAGUUUUUUACGAAAAUGUAAGAGCCUACCCGUGGAAAAAAACAUUUGUGUGGAUGAGCAAAUGGUACCUUUUAAAGGCAAGUUGUGUAUCAAACAAUAUGUAAAAAAUAAGCCAAUCAAAUGGGGAAUCAAGAUUUUUCUAUUAUGUGGAGAAAGUGGUUUGGCUUACAAUUUGUUUCUUUUUCAAGGUUUUUCCGAAUUAGACCCUGAAAAUAUUAAAACGUAUGGUUCUGGAGGCUCAGUUGUUUUACGUCUAACCGAAAACAUAAAACCAAAUCGUCAUUUUCUAUUUUUUGAUAAUUAUUUCUCGUCCUAUGGGCUUUUUGAAAAACUACUGCACGAUAAAAUAUAUGCUGUUGGUACAAUCAGGGCCAAUUGGUUUGCCAAACCACCUUUUUUGUCUGAUAAAUUGAUGCGAGAAUUGGGAAGAGGAACAUCGUUUGAAAUAACCACAGACCAACCGAACAACUACAAUAUAGGUUUACUCAAAUGGUAUGAUAACAAGCCAGUGCAUUUAGGUUCAAACUUUGUUACAUCUGGGGAACUUGAUGUGGUUCGUAGAUGGUCUAAAAAGGAAAAAAAGUAUGUUGACAUAGAAAGGCCUGAAAUUGUUCGUAUUUAUAAUCAAUCAAUGGGAGGAGUGGACAAAAUGGACCAGAUGGUUAGUUAUUAUAGGAUUUUUAUUAGAUCAAACAAAUGGACAUUAAGAAUGGCCAUGCAUUUUUUUGAUUUGGCUAUAUGUAAUUCUUGGAUCCAAUAUAAAAAACACGCAGAAAUUUUGAAAAUUCCAAAAAAAAAAAUUAUGGAUUCGAUGGAUUUUCGUAUGGAUAUCGCAGAAAGUUUGAUACGCGUAAAUAAACCAAGCACGCCAAAUAGAAAAAGAGGACGUCCAUCAGCACAGGCGGAACCAGUACCAGAACAAACAUACACGAAAAGAAACGUGGUAGAUUCAGCGCCUCCAAAUAUUGAUGUACGUUUAGAUGGAACAUAUCAUCGUGCAUUAGUCGACGAACGAAAAUAUGCAACGAAGUGUAAACAUCCAACUUGCAAAAGAAGAACACAUACGUUUUGUAGCAAAUGCAAUCUUCAUCUAUGCUUGGAUAGGACAAGUAACUGUUUUGACAAAUAUCAUACAAAGUAA